AUGCUAUACACCACUGUUUUGGCAUAUGCCAUCGUCACCAUCCUCCAUUUUCAUGCCCUAGUCGUCGCCGCUGAAAACUCACAGACUCUACUGAACCCAGAUUCGGCUGCUCAGCAGUCAAGGCAGCAACCACACCGGAUAGCAAUCAUAGGCGCCGGCCCAGGUGGCUCGUCCACAUCCUACCACCUCCAUAAAUUCUCCAAGCAGCUCUUCUCGCCUUGUGAGAGCACCCCAAUCCAUAUCACCGUUUUCGACUCCAACCCCUAUGUUGGUGGCCGGACAACCACAGUCAACGCCCUUAAUGACUCCCGCUACCCGGUUGAACUCGGUGCAAGCAUCUUUGUCAAGAUCAAUCAUAUCCUAUACAAUGCCACACGAGAUUUUGGUUUAGCUGCUUCCAUCAAGAUCUACGAAUCCGCACCUGAUUCGAAAUACGAGUUGGGCAUUUGGGACGGGAACGACUUUGUCUUUAAAGCGGAGAGAGACGACGAUGAGGACAGGGGAUCGUGGAGAGGAUGGUGGGACAUUGCCAAACUUCUUUGGAAAUACGGACUGGCUCCAAUACGGACGCGGCAGGCGACGAAGAAAGCCGUCGGUGAAUUCUUGAAGUUUUACGAUGAACCAAUAUUUCCAUUCAACUCGAUAGGGGAGGCUGUGGAAGCUACAGGGCUACACGCAUACACCGGUCUGACGGGGAAGGAUGUUUUGCAAAAGGCCAAUGUGGGCGAGCUUUUCUCUCGUGAAAUCAUCCAAGCAAGCACCCGCGUGAACUACGCGAGCAAUCUAGGCGGCAUACAUGGAUUGGAGACACUGGUGUGCAUGGCUAUCGAGGGGGCCAUGGCCGUCGAGGAUGGUAACUGGCAGAUCUUUGACGAGAUGGUCAAGAGCACCGCUGACGGACUUUUCUUGAACGUGACGGUCACCGAUGUCGUCAAGGACGAAACGAAAGGCACAUUCCGGCUCAAGACUGAGAAUGAAGAAAUCAAUGGACGACUUACGAGCGAAUAUGGAGACGAGUACGACACAAUCAUCCUCGCAGCCCCAUAUCAAUUCGCCAAUAUCACCUUCACACCACCGCUCCUUACCGUGCCGCAGAAGAUUCCCUACGUUUCGCUAUAUGUGACACUCUUCACUUCUCCCCUUCGUCUCUCCCCGUCCUUUUUUGGACUUGACUCGCAAGCAGAGGUCCCUUCGUCCGUCCUCACGACUCUCUCCCCGGAGAUGUCAGACGAACUCGGGUCUCGUCGGGGUGUCGAAGCUGUUGGGCCCCCGGGAUUCUGGUCGAUAAGCACACUGCGGGUCUUGCAUCCAGAUACAGAUGGUAAAUUUCGCGGGCCGACUUCCAACUGCACGGAGCUGCCUGGUGGAGCCAGAGAAGACGAAACUCGGGAAGAUACACAGUAUCUAUAUAAAAUCUUCUCCCCGGCUCCUUUGACGGGCACGUUCCUUUCGUCUUUGCUGGGCUUCCAAUACAACCCAGAACCUGAAAGCAAACACGACGAUCCCCUCUCCCGGCUCCCCAAAUCCGAUAUUACCUGGCUGCACGAGAAGCACUGGCACAGCUACCCUUACGAACUACCUCGGACAACAUUCGAGAACUUCACUUUGUGUUCCACGGAAUCGUGCUCCUUGCGCGGCGCCUCAGAUGGGGUCUACUACCUCUCGGGCAUGGAAUCGUUCAUUUCGACAAUGGAAACUUCCGCGCUUGCGGGAAUGAACGUCGCCCGCCUUGUGGUUCAGGAUAUACUCGACGAGCAGGAAUUGAGAAGGCUACAGUCGGGAGGAAUAUGA